UGUGUCUAUUUUAUUCCUUUCAUAUUUUUGAAUUUAUUAUAAUUGUAAACUACAUAAAUAUUAUGGGUUUGUGACUAAAAUAGUUUUUCUAUCGAUAAAUUUCGUCUGCACUUUUUAAUAUUAGUUUCCAAAUUUGAAUGUUUUAACUUUUUUUCCGUUUCUGUUUUUUUUUUUGAAAUUCUGCAAAAAGACACUUUAAAAUUAUGAUGACACUAAAUCAUAUUCGUUCGAAAUUCGGAGGUGAUUUCUUUGUUCCCUCAUUUUGUACAAAUAUCGAGGAUAUCCCUCGCAAAGCCCAGAAAACUAGUAGAAAACUCUGCCGAAAAAAUAGUGGCAGUAGUGGUUCUUCGGUGGAAAUAAAGACUUCCCGCCGUUGCAAUAACCCAAGAAACAAAAAAAGUCCAACUAUUAGAAAUUCUCUAAAGGACAAAAACAUUAGGGAAUGUGUUUUUGUAAAUAAUUCAAGAGCGCACAACCGAUCGUUGAGGAGUUCAAGAACUUCAAAUCACUACGAGGAACAAGAAGAACAAAUUGAAACUGCAAGAAACUCAAGCGAAUGUUCCAUAGAAACUCUCAAAGCUGUUUCCCUUAAUUUUGAAUUCGACCAACAUGGGGAUUAUUUAGCAAAAAAUCCAUCACGGAACAGUGUCCACGAUGAAUCUAAAUACAGCGAAGCAUCUAAUAUAGCGCUAGAGAGAAAGUAUACUGAGAUAUUUCAAAAAUCUUCAUUGCCAUCGGCGCCAAUUUAUAAGAAACAACGCGACAACACCAAGAAAACAUCGGAAACUCCUCCCCAUACCAAUAAUAUAAAAAACGAUGACUUGAAACUAAUUUUAAAAACUCUCAAACGUGUCUUCAAGCCAAGUCCAGUUGUUUCAAGGGAAUCAGGUGAAACUGCGAAACUAUAUGAAACCAUAAAAACCCUACAAAGCGAGCAGGAAAAAUUUCGAAGUCUCAUCAAUUCCCAAGAACUUCAGCUGAAUACUUUCCAAUCGAAGUAUGUUAAAGCCGAAAAUGUUAUCAAAUCUCAGAAAUAUGAAAUCCAAAAACUAAUCCAUACCAACACACAGCUCGAGAGUGAACUUCAUUCCAAUAUUGACGCCCUCAAGGCUCAAUUGGAAGAAAAAACUAACGAACUAGCCAAUUUGCCUCAAACAAUCAAGAAUGUAAAAAUAAAAGCUGAAAAAUUAAGUAAGCAAAAUUGUGAACUUAUAAAGAGGCUGCAGGAAGUCAAAUACGAAUUAUCCCUGACCCGAGCUAAGUUGGUUGAAGCUGAUCAGAAACGAGGAACAACGUUGCAUAAGUUAAAGGCAAGCGAAAAGGAUCUCAAGAUCUUCCGAAAUCAGAACACCAUCCUAAAGACAGAGAAACGCACUCUCAUAGAAGAGCUCAAGAGGCUGAAAACUCACACCGAACAACUAACGGAGAGAAGUGUCCAUAAAUCAUGUCUCUCCAGAAGGAACGCGGAGAGUUUCAACAACGCCUUCUGCAGAAGAAAACACUUGACCUUGAACUUUAACCCACACGAAGUUGAAACUCCACGGGGGAUGUGAUCGAGGAAAGUGACAAACUCGUGCACUACUUCGAGGUGACCAGAAGCACAUCCUAUUGGUUAUAAUUCAAUCAAGAUUUCUGGAAGCUAUUUUAAGCAAACGAAAGUCCUUAUAUCUUGGAAACAAGAUGUUAUUCAGAUUUAAAAAAUAAUAAUAGAAAAUUUCUAUUAUACUAAAAACUAUGUAACUACAAUUUCAUAUUAAGCAGAAAGAUAAAAGAUAACAAAGUAUUUAAAACAAUAAUAUUUCGAAUAGACGAAUGUAUAAUUAACACAUCCGAGUUUUGAGGAAGCUCAUUCAAUCGAUGACAGGAACUUCAUCCACUCCACAACAACAGCAAACCCAAUAAACUCUUCGAUCACUACUUAUUUUUGGAGUAUACUUAACUCACACCCAAAGUGAAGGUUGAUUUUAUUUUUGAAUUUCUUACAAAAUGUUGUUUUAUUUAAAAUGUCGAAACAUUCAACACUGAAAAAGUUCAUGGUUCAAUAUUUCGAAAAAAAACACACAUUUUGUAAGUUCUUUCAAAAAUUGUUACAUCACUCAACUGAAUAUUCAAAAAUAAAAAUAAAAAGAAAUCACUAAAUAAAUUAUUCUUCUAAGAAAAUGAUUUUAUAAGACCGAAAUCUUGAUGCUUCCGCACGCCUUCGAAUCGAACUCUGCUUCUGUUGUAAUGACGAGGAAAGGUGGAACCAAUCACUGCAAAUUCUAUAAUUAGAUUUGUGGCGCUUUUGGAGAGAGAAGAGUAUUUAUUAUUGGGGAGCAAAUGGUUUGUUUGGAAAAAAUCAUGCUGGGAACAAUUUAAUCAGUCAAUGGGGUUGAACAAUUUUAACAGUGACGAUUGAGAGUCGGCUGACGUAAUUUUGUUUAUUACUUGAGUGCUCCAGAAUUAAGGAGAAUAGCUGUCCACAUUCUAGGUCA